GCAGGCGAGCAGCAGCUGCCAACCCUCUUCAGAUAUCUCUCUAUUUAAAGUUCAAAGAGGCACAGGAUAACAAUAAGGAAGAAAGACGCGUGGCCCUGACUAAGCCACCCAACAAUAGAAAUAAUGGCUGAAAAAGAGUCAACAUCACCACAGCUCAUGGUUCCCAUUCUUCUCCUGGUUGGAUGGAUUGUAGGCUGUAUCAUAGUGGUUUACAUUGUCUUCUCCUAGAAAAGCAAGAAGACUUCAGGCUGAUAUCAUUUAGAAGAACUAAGGAAAACAAGAACAUGGCUGAUCAUUAAAAGUGUCUCAUGCUAAA